UUUCCACACGGUAGUGACAGCCAUGACAACAAGCAUACAGGAUUGUGCGGCGAUAUGUCGUAACCAAGGAACGUGUAUGGCCUUCACCUACCGGAUCGCCAACGGAGUACAGUUGUGUACAGGUUACAGCGCCUGGAUCGUCGUACCGGGACGAAUUCUCUCCGACAUAGGCGUAUUCGUCAACCAAGAUGUCCUAGAUAUGUAUGGGUACAAAGAGGAUAACGAGGUUGGUAUCUUGUACAACAUCGUCGAUGUAAAAAUGGACCAGGCAAAUGCAUCAAGCACCUGUACAAAUAAGCACACGAGACUCCUGAAAGUCGACACGACAUUUAAGAUGUCAAGGCUGCAAAUUAUCACUGACGGUUACUUUGUGCUUAAACAAGACCUCAGAUUCUACGUCGCUGGAGUAUACAGCUCUCAAAACUGGAGCUACGACGGAGGAACAGAUAUGAUUACCAGCGACAUCUGGUCUCCUGGGAACCCUGACCCAGGUCAAGGUCAUUGUGUCAUGUUAACACCGACGGGACUGGCCAGUGUUGACUGUCAGCAAAAACUCUUCUCAAUUUGUGGUACUUAAUGUUUUGCAAAAACAUUGUCAAUUCUACUGUGGAUAAAUGAGAUUGACAACAAUACCCUGGACAAAUAACAUUGUCAUAUUUACUGUGGAUGAAUCAGGUUGACAACAAGUAAAUACAGUUGUCAGUUGUAUUGUGGAUAAACCAGGUUGGUAACAAUGCCCUGGAUAUAUAACAUUGUCAGUUGGACAGUGGAUAAAUCAAGUUGACAACAAGAUCUUGGAUAAAUAACGUUGUCAGUUGUACAGUGGAUAAAUCAAGUUGACAGCAAUAACCUGGUAAAUACCUUUGUCAGUUGUAAUGUGGAUAAAUCAAGUUGACAACAAGAUCCUUUGUAAAUAAAGUUGUCAGUUGUACAGUGGAUAAAUCAAGCUGACAACAAUGCUCUGGAUAAAUAACGUUGUCAGUUGUAAUGUGCAUACAUCAGGUUGACAACAAGAUCCUGGGUAAAUACCUUUGUCAGUUGUAAUGUGGAUAAACCAGGUUGGUAACAAUGCCGUGGAUAAAUAACGUUGUCAGUUGUACAGUGGAUACAUCAAGUUGACAACAAGAUCCUGGAUAAAUAACGUUGUCAGCUGUACUGUGAACAUAGUGUCGAUAGACACAAAGCCCGAAUACAGCGAUUAUAAAUAAAUAAUUAUUUCUAAAAGACCUGGAAUAUACUUCAAAAUGUCCAUCAAACCUAUUCAUCCGUCUAUCAAGUCCAACUAUCAGAUGCUCCUAAAAAUGAUCUUAAAUUCGAAAACAAAUCCUUCCACUUUGCCCGAGUUUCUUCUCGCCCUAUGCAAAUCAUCCAUUUGAAAUUCAAAUUGGGAUAUAUACCUGACUCUCUAAUACAAAGCUGGAAUAUUUAUAUCUAAAUGAACUGUGAAUGGGAACGGACUGUGAGUACAGUAUUGGAUCAAAAAUGUGGAUUGAACUUCGAAACAAAUCUAACAAACUGCUGCAGUCAAAACAACUUUGAAUGAGAACAAACACAAUUAGUGUCACGGUGAUAAAACGUGAAUUUUGAAUACAGGGUUGUCCCGAGAAGAGUAGUUAAGAAGAUUAUUCAUUCUCGGAUAUCACUUUCUGCAUGUACAUUUGAUCAGAACGAUUGUAUAUUAAGAU